CGUCGCUGGGUGAUGACGUCACAGCCCAACUUCACGAGAGCAAUGGCAUCUCAUGCUAGCGAGCUAGAAAUCGCCAAGAAGAAUUUAACUGAUGCAAUCGGCGAUAAUGUGAAACAUUACUGGGCCAACCUGAAACUAUGGUUCAAGCACAAGAUCAGCAAGGAGGAGUUUGACGUUGAGGCACGACGCUUGUUGGCGCAGGAAAAUGUCCAUGUUCACAAUGAUUUCCUUCUGGCCAUCCUCACACGCUGCCAGAUCAUCGUCUCCACACCCGAGGGCGCUGGACAGUUACAAUGGCAAGGUGGCUCUUCUUCCAAGCCAGGCAAACCCAAAGGAAAGAAGAAAUGUUCUUCAAGGCAGAAAUUUGACCAUCGUUUCCAGCCUCAGAACCCUCUGAGUGCAGCGCAACCUUUCAGUCCUCGGGAGGCGGCCGGCGAGGAUGAGGAGCUGCGACUCAGCGCCCACACUCUGCUGCUGCCCACCCGGGGACAACUGGAGGCCCGCAUGAUGGUGACGGCCUUUGAGCUGGGCCUUGAUAACAUCACAGAGGACGCUGUCACUGCAAUGACCUGUGCUGUGGAGCACCACCUGAAAGAUGUUUUGACUGCCGUGAUUUCACGAAGGAAAUCAUACCGCAUACGGGACGGCCAUUUUCCCUACGCUUUUGGCAAUGAUGUCACACCACAGCCUUAUCUAAAGAACAGCCUUGCUGCAUAUCACAGCGUCACUGAAUGCCCCCUUCCAAGUGCUUCUCUACCUGCCGGCCCACCACCUCAAACCUCCCCCGAUGAGGCAGAGCAGCAAGCGGUUCACUUGUUGGCUUGUUCUGCUCACAGUCUCCACACGGCCCUCCCACCCGUCACCAUGUUUGACCUUCUGGAGGCUUUACAGAAAUAAAAGGACAGGGAAGACAGUGACUCAUCCCUCCCACUCUGCCCCCCCUCAUUCCAUAUAUGGCACAGAGCUGCUCACUUCCGGUAUGAUGUCCAAUCAGAGCUUGAGGCUGCUUCCAAGCAGUGACGUGCAAUCUAAUGACUCAGUGUCUGGUCUGCCUAGUGUGCAUUAAUUACUAGGGACAGCAUUUAUGAUUAACAAACACCACUGAUUGUGUCUAAUGUUUUAUUUUCUCAUAUGUACAAUUGUGAAGUGCUCAAAAAAAAACAACAACAUAUAAACAUGACUUAAUGUCUAACAUUGGUUACACCUGUAUCCCAAAAGUUGCAUCACUGCGAGGAUUAAAAGUAAGGCAGGUUAAGUCAGUGCUUCACACCUGAGCGUAAAGGUGACAAUGUUAGUGUUUCUGUACAAGUGCGUGUCUAAAAUGAUUUUUAUUGCAACCUGUUUGACAUCAUAGGUCAUGACCAGAUGCUCCGACAUCAGUAUUGGAUGGACUAGUAUAAAAAGAUAUGAUUGGGGGGUGAUCGAUGGCAGUAUUGAUACCGAAGGUAGUGCUGGUAUCUGAGUGAUAUUUCAGUUCUUGUUAUUUUCACUAUUUUUUUUGUAGAUGUUAAUCCAACAAAGUCAAAUGAUUUUGUAACCUUAUUUUGCAUUCUUGUUUUUGAAGUAUUUCAAGUAAAAAAGUAUUGGCAAUACUGGCACUGGUACUUGGUAUCGUAUCGAUAUUGCCCACCCCCAGUAUGUGA